GCUGGCAGUGAUGGGGAAAGCAUUGGGAACUGCCCGUUCUCUCAGCGCCUCUUCAUGAUCCUGUGGCUCAAAGGUGUCAUUUUUAAUGUCACAACCGUGGAUCUGAAAAGAAAACCUGCAGACCUGCAGAACCUGGCCCCAGGCACCAACCCCCCGUUCAUGACCUUUGAUGGGGAGGUGAAGACUGACGUGAACAAGAUCGAGGAGUUCCUGGAGGAGAAGCUGGCGCCGCCCCGGUACCCCAAACUUGCACCGAAGCACCCCGAGUCGAACUCUGCAGGAAAUGAUGUCUUUGCAAAAUUCUCUGCAUUUAUAAAGAACCCGAGAAAAGAUGCAAAUGAAAAUUUGGAAAAAUCUUUGCUUAAAGCCCUGAAGAAGCUGGACAACUAUUUAAAUAGCCCCCUGCCAGAUGAAAUCGAUGCGUACAGCAGGGAGGAGAUCGCUGCUUCCAGCCGGAAAUUCCUGGAUGGGGAUGAGCUCACUUUAGCUGAUUGCAACCUCCUGCCAAAGCUCCACAUCAUCAAGGUCGUUGCAAAAAAAUACCGAAAUUUUCACUUCCCACCUGAAAUGACAGGGAUUUCCAGAUACUUGAAAAAUGCAUAUGCAAGAGAUGAAUUCACAAACACGUGCCCUGCUGACCAGGAGAUCGAAUAUGCUUACUUGGAUGUGGCAAAGAGAAUGAAGUAACCUGAAGAUGCCUCUCUUUAUUGCUUCUGUGAUGGACAACAGCCAAGCUGGAAAAGCAAAAACCAGCAGAGAUUCUGCAGUGUGAUUUUAAGUUCUGCUAUUGGCCAAUCCUUUUCUAAUGAUUGUAUUGCAUUAUUUACUCCUUCUUAAAUUAAGUGUGUGUUUGUGUUUGUGUGUCUUGCACGCUGCAAAGUCGGUUGUCCAUUCCAAGGGAAAGGCAUCCAUCAAUGGGAAAGGUUUGCAGAUUUAGGGGAGCAGUGUGGGUCACACGCUUCCAGCAGUACCACAGAACAAAUCACUGCAUUUUGGGGAGAAUGAGGCUGUUUGAACACUCUGAACCUUUCGUUAGUGCUGCUCUGCUCUGUGCCACACAGCUCUUGCCAAGCUUCACCUCGGGCUGGAUGGUUUC